AUGACAAAAUUGAGUCCUAAACCUGUGGUGAUUAUAAAGCCUGAUACACAGGUGUUCAGAGGAGAGAGAGUGACUUUCAGGUGUAACAUACAGACAGGAGGAGACACUGAGUGGACAUAUGAGUGGAAUAGAGACGGUCACACAUUCUCCCCAUACAACACAGCACAGGAGUUUACAGACAGUUAUCAUUACUCCAGGGGUAAAUACACCUGCAGAGGGAGGAGAAGAGACUCUCAGCUCUCACAGAUCAGUCAUCCUGUUACACUCUCUGUAUCAGAAAAACCCAAAGCUGUGAUCACAUCAAGUCCUAAAGGAGACGUCCUGACAGGAAACUCAGUGACUCUGACCUGUAGACUGAAUGUGCAGUCUGCUGGAUGGAAGUUUUACUGGAACACAUCUACACAGAGCACUGAGACUGAGACUGCAGCACAGUACUCCUACUCCUCCUCCUACUCCCAUCACUACAUCAGAUCAGUUAGUGUCUCUGAUAGAGGUCAGUACAGGUGCAGAGCUGGAAGAGGAACCCCAGUCUACUACACACAAUACAGUGAUGCACUCUGGGUAAAUGUUAUUGAGAUUAAACCUGUGGUGAUUAUGAAGCCUGAUACACAGGUGUUCAGUGGAGAGAGAGUGACUUUCAGGUGUAACAUACAGACAGGAGACACUGAGUGGACAUACAGCUGGUAUAGAGACGGUCACACAUUCUACCCAUACAGCACAGCACAGGAGUUUACAGAUUAUUAUUACUCCAGUGGUAAAUACACCUGCAGAGGGAGGAGAAGAGACUCUCAGCUCUCACAGAUCAGUGAUCCUGUUACACUCUCUAUAUCAGAAAAACCUAAACCUGAGCUCACAUCAAGCCCUGAAGGAGACAUCCUGACAGGAAACUCAGUGACUCUGACCUGUAGACUGAAUGUGCAGUCUGAUGGAUGGAAGUUUUACUGGAUCACACUCACACAGAGCACUGAGACUGAGACUGCAGCACAGUACUACUACUCCUCCUACUACUCCUACUACUCCUACUCUCACAACACCAUCAGAUCAGUUAGUGUCUCUGAUGGAGGUCAGUACAGGUGCAGAGCUGGAAGAGGAACCCCAGUCUACUACACACAAUACAGUGAUGCACUCUGGGUAAAUGUUAUUGUGAGUCCUAAACCUGUGGUGAUUAUAAAUCCUGAUAUACAGGUGUACAGAGGAGAGAGAGUGACUUUCAGGUGUGACGUACAGACAGGAGGAGACACUGAGUGGACAUACAGCUGGUAUAAGAAUAAUAACACACAGCUACGAGACACAACACAGGAGUUGAUCAUCAGCUCAGUUAGAGACUCUGACGGGGGUAAAUACACCUGCAGAGGGAGGAAAAGAGACUCUCAGCUCUCACAGAUCAGUCAUCCUGUUACACUCUCUGUAUCAGAAAAACCUAAACCUGAGCUCAAUUCAGACCUUAAAGGAGCUGCACUGAUGGUAAACCCCGUGAUUCUGUCCUGUACACUGAAGCCGCAGUCUGCUGGAUGGAAGUUUUACUGGAUUAAAGACACAGAGAGUAAUGAGACUGAGACUGAAACAUUUUACUACUUCAUCAGAUCAGUUAGCGUCUCUGAUGGAGGUCAGUACAGGUGCAGAGCUGGAAGAGGAAACCCAGUCUACUACACACACUACAGUGAUGCACUCUGGGUAAAUGUUACAGCGAGUCCUAAACCUGUGGUGAAUGUAGAGACUAAACUACCGGUUUACAGAGGAGAGAGUGUGACUCUCAGGUGUGAUAUAAAGGGGGGAGGAAACACUGUGUGGACAUAUGAGUGGUUUAUGGACGAUACGCCAGUCUCUCCAUCACACACAACACAGAGGAUUACAGUCGUAUCUGAUGACGGGGGUAAAUACACCUGCAGAGGGAAGAGAAGUGACUCUCAGCUCUCACAGAAGAGUGAUCCUCCAUCACUCCCUGUAUCAGAAAAACCUAAACCUGUGAUCACAUCAAGUCCUGAAGGAGACGUCCUGACAGGAACCUCAGUGACUCUGACCUGUACACUGGAUGUGCAGUCUGAUGGAUGGAAGUUUUACUGGAACACAUCUGCACAGAGCACUGACACUAUGCCUGAAACAAACUCCUACACCAUCAGAUCAGUUAGUGGAUCUAAUAGAGGUGGAUAUCAGUGCAGAGCUGGAAGAGGAAACCCAGUCUACUACACACACUACAGUAAUGCACUCCAGUUAGACGUUACUGAAAACACCAAACCUGAGCUCACAUCAGGUCUUAUAGGAGCUGCACUGUCAGGAAACCCAGUGACUCUGACCUGUAGACUGGAUCUGCAGUCUGAUGGAUGGAAGAUUUACUGGACCACACCCACACAGAGAACUGGGACUGGGACUGAAACACAAUACUCCUCCUCUUCUUACUACUCCUAUUACACCAUCAGCUCAGUUAGUGUCUCUGAUGGAGGUCAGUACAAGUGCAGAGCUGGAAGAGGAACCCCAGUCUACUACACUCUGUACAGUGAUGAUCUCCCACUAAGUGUUACUGAGAUUAAACCUGUGGUGAUUAUAAAUCCUGAUACACAGGUGUACAGAGGAGAGAGAGUGACUUUCAGGUGUAACAUACAGACAGGAGGAGACACUGAGUGGACAUACAGCUGGUAUAAGAAUGAGAACACACAGACCCCACACCGCACAACACAGGAGUUUACAGUGGAUAUUACAGGACAGGGCUGGAGGAGUUAUGGGGGUAAAUACACCUGCAGAGGGACGAGAAGAAGUGACUCUCAGAUCUCAGAGAUGAGUGAUGCUGUUCCAUUCUCUGUAUCAGAAAAACCUAAACCUGAUCUCACAUCAGACCCUAACGGAGAAACACCGACAGGAAACCCAGUGACUCUGACCUGUACACUGAAGCCGCAGUCUGUUGGAUGGAAGUUUUACUGGAUCACACCCACACAGAGCAACGAGACUGAGACUAAAACACACUCCUACACCAUCACACCAGUUAGUGUCUCUGAUGAAGGUCAGUACAGGUGCAGAGCUGGAAGAGGAGACCCAGUCUACUACACACACUACAGUGAUGCACUCUGGGUAAAUGUUACAGGUAAAUCUCCUCCAGUGUCUCUGAAUAUCCUUCCCAGCAGAACUCAACACUUUACUGCUGACUCUCUUUCACUGAGCUGUGAGGACCAGAGAUACUCUACUGGAUGGACAGUGAGAGGAAACACACUCAAUAAGACAGAGUUCAAUUGUUCAUCAGUUUCAGAAUCUAUAUGUCACAUCAGCUCCCUCUCUACAUCACACACUGGAGUUUACUGGUGUCAGUCUGAAUCUGGAGGACGCAGUAAUUCACUCAACAUCACAGUGCACAAUGGUGAUGUGAUCCUUAAGAGUCCUGUCCAUCCUGUCACUGAGGGAAAUCCUCUGACUUUACGCUGUUCAUAUCGCAACACAAAGAUCUCAGACUCUGGUGCUGAUUUCUAUAAAGAUGGAUCAGUUCUACAGAAGCAGACUACAGGAGAGAUGACCAUCAGUAGUGUCUCAAUGUCAGAUGAAGGUUUCUACCACUGUAAACACCCAAAGAGGGGAGAGUCACCUAAAAGCUGGGUUUCAGUCAGGGGUGAAUCACAUGGAAAAGCCCCACAGUCAGUACUGAAGCUCCUCAGCAGUGUGGUAGCGGCCUCUCCGUAUGUGCUGGUGACCAUCAUUCUGGCAGUGAAAUGUUACAGAGCUCGAACUGAGCCUGAGGAGGACACCAGACCAGACAGAGUGAUAGAAGCUGAAGUAGCUUCCUAA